CGGCGGAGGCGCUGCGGCUCCAGGCGCACCUCCGAGAUGUUGAAUAAUCCUUGGAUCAGGUAACAUUCCCUGCACGUUCUGCCUGUCAACUGGCAGUCAUCUUUGCAGACUUAUCCUGGUUUAAAAAGUGGUAAUUCCUCAUCAUAGCUAUGGCUGCAGUGAGGAAAGGUUCAAGUACCUCCCCUCCUGAUGGCGGAUGGGGGUGGAUGAUUGUGAUUGGCUGCUUCCUUGUUACGAUCUGCACUCGAGCUGUGACCAGAUGUAUCUCAAUUUUUUUUGUGGAGUUCCAGACUUACUUUGCACAAGAUUAUGCCCGGACAGCUUGGAUCCAUUCCAUUGUAGACUGUGCUACUAUGUUAUGUGCUCCUCUUGGGAGUUUUAUCAGCAAUCAUGUCUCUAGUCAAGUGGGUAUCAUGCUUGGAGGACUUCUUGCAUCUGCUGGUUUUAUCUUGAGUUCCUUUGCCACAACUUUGGAGCAUCUUUACCUUUCCUUGGGCAUUCUUACAGGACUGGGGUUUGCCCUUUCAUACUCCCCAGCCAUAGCAAUGGUGGGCAGCUAUUUUCACAAGAGGAAAGCCCUGGCAUAUGGAAUCGCCAUGUCAGGCUGCGGCAUUGGGACCUUCAUCCUUGCUCCCGUGGUCCAGCUUCUCAUUGAGCACUUUUCCUGGCGUGGCGCCUUACUCAUCCUGGGUGGUUUUGUUUUGAAUCUCUGUGUCUGUGGUGCCUUAAUGAGGCCAAUUGCAGGAAAAGAGGACCACAAGAACAUGCUGGAAUUCUCUGAGCAAGAGUUUGAGCUGGAAGCACAAAAGCCGGACUUCAAACAGUGGUCCUUCUGUUCACCUGCGAUCAAAAUGUGGUCUCACAAGUGUGUCUGCCACUGCUCCCAGCAGGAGUACAACUUUGUACUGAUGCCAGACUUUGUGUUACUUGCAGUGUCCAUCUUAUUCAUGGCUUAUGGCUGCAGCCCACUGUUUGUUUACCUAGUGCCUUACGCAUUAAGUGUCGGAGUCAGCCACCAACAGGCAGCUUUUCUUAUGUCCGUCCUUGGGGUCAUUGACAUCGUUGGGAAUAUUACUUUUGGAUGGCUCACGGAUCGAAGGUGUUUGAAGGAGCAUCGUUACCUCUGCUACCUCUUUGCAGUGGCAAUGGAUGGUCUCUGUUGCCUGUUCCUUCCAGUUCUCCAAAGCUUUCCACUCCUCCUCCCUUUCUCUUUCACCUUUGGCUACUUUGAUGGAGCCUACAUCACUCUAAUCCCAGUGGUGACAGCAGAUGUUGUGGGGACCGCUUCCUUAUCCUCUGCCCUUGGAAUGGUCUACUUCCUUCAUGCAGUCCCUUACCUGAUCAGCCCACCUGUUGCAGGUUGGCUUGUGGAUACAACUGGCAACUACACUGCAUCUUUCCUGCUUUGUGGGUUUUCCAUGGUACUCAGUUCGAUGCUGUUGUGCUGUGCAAGACUGGCCAAGAUUAGACCCACUUCCUCAGGGCCAGUGGGCAGAGACACUCAGGCCAAGCAAGAAAGUUGGACAAAUGGAACCAUAGUUUAUUUGGUAACUGGAGACCUGGAUCAAAGAGGUGAAGAAUUGUUGGCUGGUGAGGCAAACAAUCACAGCAAAAGAUGACACAUGUGCUAAAUCUCCCCCUUUGCCUAAAACAGAUUUUGCUAAGUCUGCUGCAUGGUUGAUCUUUUUUUUUC